AUUCACAACAACUCGUCACGCGAAAGACCGUCAACAAAUUGCUCGCUCAUUGAAAUUAUAGGAUAUGGCUUCGCAUAAGGACCAGGUCCUUUAUGAGAAGGAAAGUGUAUUCAUUCACGUAAAUGUCCAAGAUGCGAAGGAUAAAGAUGCUCACAUCCAAGGGAGAGUUUUCCUCAUCAAAAAGCCUGAUGGUACAUACAUUGAGUGGCGGGCAGAGGAUCUAAUGGCCGUGGAUGGUCAGUCAGACCAGGACUGGGCAGUCAUUGGGGGCACUGUCAGUAGUGUCAGUUACAAGAAUGACCGAGAGGCAGAUUCAGUCUCGAUGAAUGCCAAGAUGGAUGCCCGUCGGAAAUACAACAUUAGUUUUGAUGUGUUGGACCUGAAGAGCUUCAAACGUAGUGCUCCGAAUCAUGGGUGGGCCUACAUCAUUUUUAUCCUGAAGGAUGGCACAACGUACCCUGCGCUGCACUUCCACAAUGGAGGCAGCAAGGCAUUACUCCGGGAUCUGGAGCAGUUUGUACAUAUUCGAAGAUCUCCCAACGAUACCCGACUUUUCAUAAUACAGGAACAUGAUCCGGAGAUGCUGUCUAAAUCCUUUGAUGAGCUGCAUCUGUUUUCUGACUCUCAAGGGGACCUUGUCUCGAAGUUCAUCAAAGACCCAUACACCACAACAAUGGGGGGGUUCUCGAAAGUCACCAACUUCCUGCGUGACACCCUGAUGCAGCAGGAAAACCCAAUCACACGGCCACGCGAGGAGGUUGCAGAACUGCUCCAGGAGGACAUUCCAGGAAUGGAGAUCAGUCACCAGGAUGAGCCAGGAUUUGAAGUUGUGACAAAGACCAAGCUGCCAAAACGGCCCGAGGUGAAACGAGGUGACCCUUUGAACCAGCAGCAGUGGACAGCUCAGAUGGAUGAUGAGGGACGCAUCAAGGAUCCAGAACAUGUCAAGGACAUCAUUUUCAGAGGGGGAAUCGACCCAGUUCUUCGUGGAGAGGUGUGGAAGUUCCUUCUGGGCUUCUAUCGAUGGGAUGCAACCUUCAAACAGAGACAAGAUGAGCUCAAACGGAGAGUAGACGACUAUUUCCGUAUGAAGCUGCAGUGGAAAACCAUCAGCUCAGAGCAGGAGCGCAGGUUUGCCUUGCUGAGGGAAAGAAAAGGUCUUAUUGACAAGGAUGUCACAAGAACGGACCGGACACAGAAGUUCUUUGUGGGCGAGAACAAUCAGAAUUUGCAGGUGCUCAAUGACAUCCUCAUGACGUACUGCAUGUACAACUUUGAUCUAGGCUAUGUCCAGGGCAUGAGUGACCUUCUCUCCCCAAUCCUGGUUGUCAUGGAGAAUGAAGUGGAUGCCUUCUGGUGUUUUGCAGGAUUUAUGGAGAGAGUGGCACACAAUUUUGAAAUGGACCAGAAUGGAAUGAAAGUGCAGCUGUCUCAGAUCCACAAACUCAUGCAGGUGUAUGACCCUGAGCUGUGCAACUACCUGGAGGGACAUGAUUCUGGCAACUUCUACUUCUGUUUCCGCUGGAUACUGAUUGUCUUCAAGAGAGAAUUCCAUUUCCAUGAAAUACAGAGGUUGUGGGAGGUCGUGUGGACAGAUAGGCCAUGCAAGAACUUCCACCUGCUCAUGAGUCUUGCCAUCUUGGACACAGAGAAAACAACACUGGUGGAGAACCGCUUUGGAUUCACCGAGAUUCUCAAGCAUAUCAAUGACAUCAGCUUGUCAAUUGCCCUGGAUGACACGUUACGGAAGGCGGAAGGUAUCUUCCUGCAACUGAAAGCCUACAAGAAGCUGCCACAGACUGUCAAAGAAAUUCUGGGUCUGGCAACGUCUCCUGGGCACUCGACCUCCUCCUCAUCACGUAGCACACCAGCCAGCACCCCUAUCAAUUACGAGAGCAGUCCUCGUCUGGAGUUGCGUGGACUCAAUGUUACAAAUGGUACGAGUAACUGCAGUUCGUCAGUCACAACGCCUGAUGAUAGCAGCAUUGAAAUCCUGGCUGAGACAGCUGAUGCAGGGGUGACAAACUACUACCACUAGACACUGUGAUAGAUGCCACGAUGCCGGAAGCAGGCUUAUGUACAUAUGGUUAGCUGGUCACGUCCCCAAUGCCCAUUCAGUACUUCAAUCAAGGGUCAUAAAUAUACUUCUCUCAAACAAUAUAUUCAAACCAGAAACACUUGUUGUGAAAUUAUGUUGAAAAUCUAAUUUCUUAUGCAUGUCUUAACUAGGUAUUUCAUGUUUGAUUGGACACGUGUUUAGCUAUUACAAAUAUGCCAUCUUAAAAUGCUGUUUGUAUGUAACAUAUGCUGUGGGAAGACGAGAUGAGCAACACAUAGUGAUCGUGUAACCUUGACCAGUCUGAAGCCAUGAUAUGCCUUGAUGCUCUUCCUAGUCCUGCAUGUAUGGGUUGUGUCAGACAUAGAGAGAGAGAGAGAGAGAUGUGUGUUUGUAAUUUGCUGUAAUGGAGUGUUUUGGAGCCUUAUUUAUUGUUACCUUGAGUACAAGAAGUGUCAUCCUGUUAACUUGGAUUCAGGGCCCUGUUCCACAAAGUAAUAUUAGCGCUUAUUUUAGCAAUGAUCGUAAGUGUGUGUUAAAGUAUUGAUUAUCAUCUUAGUGGUGCUAAGAUUGCUUUGUUGAACUAAGCCUUGAUUAUAUCCUGAUGUUACCUAGGAUACAGACAAUACAAAGGAUAGUGUUGUCUUGCAUAACAAAAGUACACCUUGUUACCUUGGAUACAUAGUAAUACAUCUUGUUACCUUGGAUACAUAGAAAUACAUCUAGUUACGUUGGAUAUAAAAAAAUACUUCUUUAUACCUUGGAUGUAAGAAUAUCUUGUUGUUAUCAGUGGUUCAAGGAAUUUCAGCUUGUCAUCUACACUUUGUAGUGUAUCAUUUGGUGGUUGUAAAUAGACUUUUUCCAUUAUGUUGAGAUGAUCAUUUACAUUGUUAUAUUUGUCAAGAAAUACAUGUAGGUGCAGUAGGUGUUGAUUUUGAAUGUUUUCAUAUGUUUCAAAAUAUGCUCUAUUAUUUUUCUUUAACCAGAUGUACAUUUGUAUUCCAUGAUUUUCACAAUCCUUGUACAUGAUUAAAUUUGUUGACCUUUGUAUAUUUUGGAUUAGGCUUGAAAAAAGUGUGAUCUGAAGAACUGGUACAGUAAGUACAGCUACUUUCUUCCUGUUGACAAUGCAUAUAGAUCUGUUGCUGGCCUAGAUUCUCCACACCACAACUGCUGUGUGCUGUGUCAGUGGCCAACACAACCUGGCUCCAUGUCACAAUAGUUCAGGGUGAAGUGUGGUCACAUGCAACUAGUCUUUAUUAUUGUAGCCUUUGGUUAUGUGCUUUGACCAUGCACACCAGUUGUCAGCAAGAACUGUCAGCUGUUUGCAGGCCAUGUCCCUUUUAAAACAGUAUUUAAUCAAAAUGUAAGAUUAAGUCAUCCCUGUUUAUAGUGAAUGUCUGAUCUCUUAGCUUGUGGUCGAAAAUAUUUUAUGCAAAAGAAACAUGAUGAUGUAUGGGUUGGUGAAUGCUGGAUGUGAGAGUUAGAGAGUGUGCUUGUAAACACUUCGGAAUGUAGAUUUGCUUCAGACAUGUUAAAGGGGAAGUGUACACGAAUAAAUCACAUUUAUUUUUAUGUGAAUCAAAGUGAACUGUUUUAAUUAGUUAAUACCUAUGUUUG